UUUUACGAUGUCGCAUUAUUACCGCGAGGCCGUUUGGUAGUACCGGUACAGUAGUGGGACUCUCGGUUUAGUACCACUGUCCAAAACUUGAAGAGACGAAAAAAAAAAACACAAACGCGUCAAAUCCUACACGGCUGAUUAUGGUAAUUUUUAUCUUUAACAAUUUUGCGUAGAGUUUGGUGUAAAAUGACAUUCUGGAUCUGUUUGGUGAUGGUUUGCUUGUGCGUAUCCAGAGGGGGUUGCAACGAACCGAACACGAUUGGGGAUGGGGUGGAAACGCAUCUGGAAAAAUCGAGUGGUGUCGCCGUUUCGACACAGUCUUGGCGUGGAUCGUUGUUUGUGUAUCCUACAGUAGCGACAUGGACGGUACAGACCAGUAUUCCUCUGGAUCGAUCUGGAAAAGCGAGACAACUGGACGACGCCUGGAGCCUAGAGUCCCGAGGGAAGAAAGGGGGAAUGAAGAAGAAAAUGAGGAGAUACAUGAUGCCGCUCCUGAUUGCGUACAAACUGAAAUUUUUCACAUUAAUUCCGGUGAUGAUCGGGGGGUUGAUAUUGUUGACGGGUGCCACUGGGUUAGCAGGCUUCUUUUUUGCCUUGUUUGCCGCCGUUAUGGGACUUAAAAGUGGAGGACACCAUUGAAAAAUAUAAAUGAAAAAUACAUGUAAGGAGCAGCAAACAAAAGAAACUCACUAUUUUUAGGGCAUUUUUCGUAAAUUGUAUAUUUUUUUAUAACGUUGUACAUAAUUUAGCUUUAAUAAUUUAUUAUAAUUUUUAAGUAACAUUUUUGGUCGGUUUGGGUGUAUAACAUGAAUUUUAAAUAAAGAAAAACCGUAUUUUUA